AUGGCCUUCAAUUCAUUCUUUAUUACUUUAGUCACUUUAGCUACUGCUGUAAUCGCUCAGCAAUGUGUGCCGUACAGUACCCCAUUCGAUUUUAAAUCUGGAUAUCCAACAGUUUGGACAACUCCAGGAGAUGAAUGUUUUAACACGGAUGAGUUCAAAAGUGUCUACAACUCAAUAGAUUGGAGUAAAGUACCUGAUAUUAAACCUCAUGAAUUGGACUCUGAUGGGAACUUAGUCUCGUCUGGUUAUCCUAGUAGCGACCCAGAUUGUUGGUGGUCCUACAAUAUGUGCGUAACACCCAAAGUUCCUGGACUGAAACCCGAUAUUUCUUAUUGUCCUGAGCCUAAUACCUUGGGCUUAUCAUACGAUGACGGUCCAAACUGCACUCAUAAUGAAUUUUAUGACUUCCUUAAGGCAAACAACCAAAAAGCGACCAUGUACUUUAUUGGUUCAAAUGUUGCUGAUUGGCCAUAUGAAGCUCAGCGUGCCCUCACUGAUGGUCAUCAAAUUUGUGUUCACACUUGGUCUCACCGUUACAUGACUACUCUUACUAAUCAACAAGUACUCGCGGAAUUAUACUAUACUCGAAAGGUUAUUAAGUAUGUCAUGGGUGUUACACCUCUUUGCUGGCGUCCUCCUUAUGGUGACGUUGAUGAUCGAGUUCGUGCGAUUGCUGCGGCACUCAAUAUGUCAACUGAUGUCUGGAAUCUCGACAGUAAUGAUUGGCAAAUGCAACCUGCUGGUGAAUUGACAUCGGCUAAAAUUGAUCAAUAUUUCUCAGGAUUUUGCAGUAAGGCUAAAAAUGGCACCUUCGCUAAUUCUGGUGCACUUAUUCUUGAACAUGAACUGAAUAGUGAAACCAUGUCAAAAGCUCAGCAAUGGUACCCCACGCUCAAAAGUUCCUUCGAAUAUAUUGUUCCUGUCGCCACAUGUAUGAAUAUUACUCAGCCAUAUGCUGAAACCAAUUACACCUAUCCGUCAUUUGCUCAAUACAUUAAUGCCACAAACUAA